AUGUCAUUUGUUUGCUAUUACAAAUGUGUAACAACAAAUACUGAAGUCCCAGAAAUUACUAAAAUGGACAUUUCAACAUAUCCACCAUGUUCUAAAUGUGGGUUAGGUAAACCAGAACGAGCACACCAUUGUUCAAAAUGCAAGUCCUGUAUAUUAGAAAUGGAUCACCAUUGUAAUUAUAUUGGAAACUGUGUUGGAUUUGCUAAUAAGAAAUACUUUUUGUUGCUUCUCUUUUAUGUUACAUUAAUGAUACUUUUUGUUCUAUUAAUCAAUACUCCGUUAGCGAUUUAUGCCUUUUUUUAUCCAUUAAGAAAUCCAUUUUAUCAUUGUGUAUUUAGAUUAUUUGAUUUGGUUCAUUGUAUUCUUGGUAUUUAUGCACUUACUCUAAUAGCGUCUACAGCUCAUGUUGUAAUAAAAGGCUUAUUUUGCAAUUAUACAACUAUUGAGUUUAUCGUAAAAGGAGAAAUGGGAUGGGUAAGUUCUGCUGAGUCAAGAAGGAAAAAUAAAUAUGACUUAGGUACAUUGAGAAAUAUUCAACAAGUCUUUGGAAUUGGACUUCUUCAGGCAUUAUUACCAAUUCCAUCAAAUACUACUUGUAAUGGAAUUAAUUUUGAAACUAAUGGAGAAUAUAAUGAAGCAUUAGAAAACCAAUACAAUGAGUAUUAUGAAGAUUAUUAG